GGCUUUCAGGAAGGGGCACAGAAGAUAACUCACUGGGCACCCAUCCAGUUAGAUAAGAGGCCUUGCAUUUAACCCAUCUUCAAUUUUAACAACCUACCUGCCUAUACUACUACAUCUUGAUUUCCAGUACAAUGAAAAGAACCAGCAAGGCUACAAACAGCAGUGAACCAAACAGCAAAGUUAAGAGCUGGAUGCAAAACUUCAAAUGAUGGAAAAGAGAAGGAAAAAAAAUCAGUUUAAAUUAACGCAUUAAAGAUCUCAACAGAAUAAAAUAAAUCCAUACAGAGAAAGAAGCCAGUGGUGAAUGUGCUCUUGUUAAUACACACACAACUGGGCAGGUCAGGUAUUCUUGUAUAAAUCACACCCAUUUUUAACUAGACACUUCCAGAAGGAGGAACUUUCAUCAAGAGAACUGAUCAGCCAAAAGUUUGACAGCUGCACUGAAGGGGGCCUUCUUAAUAAAAAUAAUGCUGCACUCAGCACUGGCUUUAUCACUCCUGUUAAUUGCAGUCUCUUCCAACUUUGCAAUGGCAAUCAAGAAGGAAAAAAGAGCUCCACAGACGCUGUCAAGAGGCUGGGGAGAUGAUAUCACUUGGGUGCAAACUUACGAAGAAGGGCUUUAUCACUCCAAAAAAAGUAACAAGCCGCUCAUGGUCAUUCAUCAUUUGGAGGACUGUCAAUACUGUCAAGCACUCAAGGCAGCUUUUGCUGAAAGUGACGAGAUACAAGAAAUGGCUCAAAAUAACUUCAUUAUGCUGAACCUCAUGCAUGAAACCACAGAUAAGAACUUGUCACCUGAUGGACAAUAUGUACCUCGAAUCAUGUUUGUGGACCCAUCUCUCACAGUAAGAGCUGAUAUCACUGGAAGAUACUCUAAUCGACUCUACACGUAUGAACCUCAAGACAUACCAUUCUUGAUAGAGAACAUGAAGAAAGCACUCCGUCUCAUUCAAACUGAACUAUAAUUAACAGCAGCUGAAAACAUCAUAGCCUCUACGAGGUAAAACACAAUGAGGAUUUUGAAAUGUAUUCAUUAGCAGCUUUUUCUGUGCAAAGGUUUCCAAUACAUUACCAAGCAGUUACAGCACACAGAAUUUCAUAU